CUCUCUAAAGAAGGGCCAGAGGCUAUUCACACAAAGAAGGAAGCCAGAAUCCAUUAGCAAAGAUGUCUGAACUGGAAACUGCAAUGGGAAUGAUCAUUGAUGUCUUUGACAAGUAUUCUGGGGCUGAAGGCAAUAAGCAAACCCUCACCAAAGGAGAACUAAAGACCCUCCUGGAAAAAGAGCUACCCAACUUCCUCUCGUCCGGGAAAGAUAAGGAAGCUGUUGACAAACUCUUCAAGGGUCUGGAUGAAAAUGGAGAUUCUGAAGUAGACUUCAAUGAAUUUGUCAUCUUUGUGGCAGCCAUGACUUGCUGCUGUCAUAAAUAUUUUGAGCAGAAAGGACCCAAAUAAUAUAAAACACUCAUAAGAAGCUGGUCUUUUGCUGUAUUCCAUAUGCUAAUGUUAUUGCUAGCUUUAUUUGAUACAUAUACUGAAAUACUGUUUAAUCAUACUCUGUUUACUCCCUGUCUUGCAUGUUAAGUUUCUCUUCCUUCAAAUAAAAUGCUAUUUUUAGCAUU